UUGACAAUACUGCAUCAUUAGCAAUUGUAUUAAUGUUUUUUUAAUUUAUAAAAAGUAAUAUUUAUUUAAAAAUGGUAAAUAAAUGUAUUGUUCAUGGGUGUACAAGUGGACGAGUCAAGAUCGUAAUAAGAAUGCUAAAUUAAAUCAGAGAAAUACGUCUUUAUUCACUGUACCACAGGUAAUAUAACCUUAAUUGAUAGUUAUUAAUUACUAAUAUAAAAAAAUGAAAUGAUGCAAAUAUUUUUUAACUCUACCUAUGCCAUAGAAAUUUCUAAUCUUGUAAAAAGUGCAAUUUACGAUAAUAAAUUAAAAUUUACUUUUAAUUGGACUUUUUAAAUUUAGUUUUCCAUCCUUUACUCAACUGCGACUAGGUAAGAUGAAAUUGAAUAGAUUUACACAACAAAUUGACGAUAAUAUCUUGGAAAUAAUUGUAAAAUAAUAAAAAAUUUUUUCUUAUUGCUAUUUUUAACGUUAAUUAAUAAGAUUUGGUUAAUUUAUUUUGACUAACGCGUGAGUACAAUUGUUACAUUCCCGCAACAAUAAACUAGGUUUUAAAAACCUGAUAUUAGCCACACUAACGCGCUCUAGUGGCAAAAUAUCUGUCCCCUCAUUUACGAACAUUUGUAAUACAUUGAGAUCGCCCUCCUGUUAUCUAGGCUCCAUACCCCAUAGAUUUAUCACGAUUAUUACCAAUCAGUAAUAAAAAAAACUCUCUAAAGAAGAAAUUCAUUAUUACUCGUUCACUGUAUGAAAGGUUUUAUCAAUUUUAAGAAUUCUAAACUUCAGAGUUGUUUACUUUACAAAUAAAUAUAAUUAUAUUUUCAGGAUUUUCAAACUAAUAUUAUUUAUAAUUGUUUAAAGAAAGAAGAGGAAGAUAUCGAAAUAUAAAAUUUUAUCGUUUUACAUUUAUUUAAGAAUUAUGACACCAAUGAGUGACAGUAGUUCAUUACCUAAAACAAAAAAGCCAUCAGAUAGUGCAUUUAAACAACAACGUUUACCUGCUUGGCAACCCAUUCUUACCGCUGGAACCGUUUUACCAACAUUUUUUGUAAUAGGAGUUGCAUUUAUACCGGUUGGAAUUGGAUUAUUAUACUUUUCUGAUAAAGUUAAAGAACAAACGAUAGAUUAUACCUAUUGUAAUUCUAAUAGUACUAGUGGUAAAAGGUGUAUAGAUGUAAUCGCACAGAAUCCAAAAACUCCUUGUUACUGUGAAAUAGAUUUUGUAUUACCGACAGACUUCGAUGGAGAAGUUUAUAUGUAUUAUGGCUUAACAAAUUUCUAUCAAAAUCAUCGUCGAUAUGUUAAGUCUAGAGAUGAUAAUCAAUUAUUAGGAAUAUUAUCCGAUGAAGUAUCUGGCGAUUGUAAACCAUUUGCAUAUGAAGUUAAUGAAGAUAAUAUUACCAAACCAAUAGUUCCAUGUGGAGCUAUAGCAAACUCUCUCUUUAGCGAUGAAUUAACAUUAUAUUCUACUAGAAAUGGACAAGAUGUUCCAUUAUUGAAAACUGGCAUAGCAUGGCCUUCUGAUAAAAAUAUUAAAUUUAGAAAUCCGGAUGGUGAUUUAGAAAAAAUAUUUUCUCGUGAAAGAUUUGCUAAACCAAAAAAUUGGGAUAAAUAUAUCUACGAGUUAGAUCCAAAUAAUGCAAGUAAUAAUGGGUUUCAAAAUGAAGAUCUUAUUGUAUGGAUGAGAACUGCUGCUUUGCCAACAUUUAGAAAAUUAUAUCGAAGAGUCGAUCAUUCUGUAAAAGGUUUUACCGAAGGCUUACUUGCAGGAAAUUACAAACUUAAAGUUAAAUAUUCAUAUUCCGUGUCUACUUUUGAUGGUACCAAAAGAAUGAUCCUAAGCACAACGUCACUUUUGGGUGGAAAAAAUCCGUUUCUUGGUAUUGCAUACAUAGUUGUUGGAUGCAUUUGUUUAGUACUUGGCAUAGCAUUAUCGAUCAUACAUAUAAAAUAUUCUAAGAGCAAACUAAUGUAAAGAUGACAACAAGAAAAUAUGUUUAAGGCACCAUAAUUGUUCUUCACAACUGAGAUGAUUGAUGUGAAUCCAACUACCGAAUAUCAAUAACAGUUAACUGGAUUUAAACAGAAUAUUUACUGAAUUUUGUUGGGCUAACUACCUCUAUAGUAACAUAUAGAUAUACAAUUUUAUCAUAUCUGAUCUUAUGCAGUAAAAAGAAGAAUUAAAAUUCAAAAAUAAUAAUUUAAAAAAAGAUUGAUUUUUAUAAAAGAUAAAAUAUUCCAAGUUGCUUUACAUUAAUAACAACGAAAAGUUAUUAUUAACGACAAGAGAUUUUUGUGUAUAUCAAAUAUAACAAAAAAUAGUUAUUUUGUAUUAUAUAUGUUAUGAAUUUUAGAGAUUUAUAUAGAGUGUUUUAUACCAAA